CGUCGAUUCUACGCGAGUGCGUCUGCUGUUGGCUACGUGCGUGUGCCGCUGAGUGACGGCGUAUUGAGUUUCGAGUGUUAUGUCGUUCUUUUCGCGGGAAGAUCUCUGAGUGAAAGGCAAACAUGACGAAUUCGGUGCCGGACAGAUGGUUAGAGUACAAAGCUUUCGGCGACGUAAUUAAAGGCACCAAAAUCUUAGCGUUCAAAGUUCCACUAAAAGAGGCCAUAGCCAGGAAUCUGCAGCCAGAGCAAAAAUUUACUACGGCGAUAUUGCUGCAACAGUUUCCUCAUCUCAAGUAUAUCGUCGAUUUGACCAAUACAUGUCGCUACUAUGAUAAAAAGGAAUUUACAAAUGCCGGCAUUAAAUACGAGAAGAUUGCUAUACCAGGGAGGAAGAUUCCGCCUAUGGACAUAAUUACAAAAUUCUUUAAAGUGAUGGAUGAUUUUACAUCGACAUGCAGUGAAGGUGAACUUAUAGGAAUUCAUUGCACACACGGCGUGAACCGUACUGGUUAUUUAAUUUGUCGGUAUCUCAUUCAACAACAAGGUUGGGAAAUUGAAGAUUCUUUAAACGCUUUCGGGGAAGCACGUGGACAUCCCGUCGAACGCGACAUUUAUCUUUCCGAUUUAAAAAAGGCUAAACGCGGCGAGAAGAUCGACACGAGUAGAGUCAUUUUGACGACGGAGAAUCCCGCGGGAGUCUCGACUAAGAGAAAUUCUCAGAAGGCACGCUCGUUGAAAAAUCCGACAGGCCGACCGAUGCCGCGACGAGGCUUCGUGAACGGUGGGCCAUUUCCGCCGCAGAGAUACGGUAUCGCGGGCCCACCGCCAGGAUUCGGCCCGAUGUCACCUCCACUACCCGGUAUGCCGCCUAUUUCGCCGAUGAGUCCGCCGCUCUACGGACCCAGGCCGUUUAGGUAUGGACCGCCGCCGAUGCGCGGGGUGAUGCCGCCGCCGACGCCGCCACCCGGGCCGGGUUUCCCGCAUCCCGGUUUCCCGCCGCGAAUGCCAGGUCCGCCGAGAAUGGCGGGUCCACCGAGAUUGCCGGGCGUCCCGACCGCGCGGUUACCGCCGCCGAAGAUGCCACCGCCGCUGCCUCCUUCCAGAACGGCCAAGCAGCUUCAAGCGCAGAAGAAGAAGCAACAGUUUAGGAAUGGAAUUAUGGAUCGCGCGGUGAAUGUUCGUUUGAGGCGGAACGGGCCGAUCAGCGGCCGCAUCAUGCCCAAAAUACAUAAAGAGCAGGACUUUACCGUUGACACGUUCGAGGAGAAUCUGCUUACGACUUCGGCCGUCGCGCAACCGCGACGACAUACUAAAGGACGCUUUAAUCAAGCCAAGUGACCAUGUACUCGUUAGGAAUGCAAUGUUACUUAAACGCACGAUUUUCCGUUUGACACGUUGCAGUUGACACGUCGAGACUUAGUGUCUGAGAUAGUUCGCACAUAAUCGUUGCUCCUUUGGAACAAUAUAGGAACAAUACGGUGCGGUGAUUAUUUUUUAACUUGGACAUGAGAUUCGAAAAAAUUAUAUGUCAUGUGACUUGGUGUAACGUGCUACAUCGAUAUCGUUAACACAUACCUCCAGUAGACGUUUUUAGUCGAUAUUUUAUAUUGAAAACGCUGUCAAUUGAUGAAUAAACUUCGGAAAUCUCAUAAUACUAAUAUCUGUGUGUUUCCUGGAUUGUCUUUAUGCACAAGAUACAUAACAUAAAAUAUUACAAAGUAUUUUUUCUAUUUAAAUAACGAAAAAAUUCUAUUUGCAAAAUGUCUUGUAGUGUUUUAUACAAUCCUCUAUAUAUAAUUUUAUUUUGUCGUAUUUUUAAUUCUUUUAACACUUUUUAAUUCUUGAUUAAAUAAUGUAAUAGAAUUUUAUUAAGAUUAUUUGUGGAUAUUGUAUCAUGAGAUUGCGAUAGAAGUCAACUGGAAAUAUUUAUGUAAUAAAUACUUGUUUAUAUGUUUAUUUAAGGCUACUGCUGAUUUACUGCAGCUAUCUGAUGACGUACAAUUCGAGAUAGUUGCAAGAGCCUUAAUACAAAGAUUAUGUAUACCUAUAAACAGAAUUGUCUUGUGUAGAUUAUAUCAUUUGUAUGUUAAGUGAACACGUUGUUAUUAUGGCUUUUUAUAAUUCGACAUUACAAAAUUUUAGUUUAAACAUUUAUUAUUUUUAUUUAGUUUACAAAUAAAUUUACGCGCAAAUAUAUUAUUACAAUUUGUUAAUUAACGAAUUAACUAAAAAUCAAAACACGUGAACUGAAUGGACAGCGAUUCUCUAUGUACAAUUUUAAAUAAAAUGUGUACAUUUAGACACAAGAGAUACACACUUUAAAAAAAA